AGCGGAACCAUUCUACGCCGGGUACCUGCGCGUAGUCGGACACGUUUCCCCGACACACGGUCGAAGACGCAGCGUUUGAAAUGGCUGUUACUCUGCACACGGACCUGGGAGAAGUGAAGAUCGAGCUGUUCUGCGAGCGAACACCGAGAGCGUGUGAGAACUUCCUUGCUUUGUGCGCCGGUGGCUUCUACAGCGGUUGCGUCUUCCACAGAAAUAUCAAAGGCUUCAUGGUUCAGACUGGAGAUCCCACAGGAACGGGUAAAGGAGGAACAAGUAUAUGGGGUCGCAAAUUUGAAGACGAGUACAGUGAGCACUUAAAGCAUAAUGUGAGAGGCGUGGUCUCAAUGGCGAAUAAUGGCCCCAACACGAAUGGAUCCCAGUUUUUCUUCACAUACGCCAAACAGCCACAUCUGGACAUGAAGUACACAGUCUUUGGAAAGAUUAUCGACGGCCUGGAGACGCUGGACGAGCUGGAGAAACUGCCCGUCAAUGAAAAGACGUUUCGACCGCUGACUGAAACGCGGAUAAAGGAUGUGACCAUUCACGCCAACCCCUUCGCUGGAUAACCAACCUGGACUUCAACCCACUGACAGGCUUUUAACACAUGGGUCAUGAACCCAGAUAUUUUCCAAUAAACAAAGUGUUGCACUGUGUAGUACCUGGCCAACAAUAAAUUGUUUAUGCUACAGAUUUAAUUGACAUCAAUAAGUGAACAAAUAGGAUGUAUUAACAAAAUUUGGUUGGUACAUCAGGGUUUUCUUACAGAUGUGAACUAGAAUUAAAUUUUUAUUUUGCAUCGGUGGAAAACCUCUUAUUCUGUAGGGAAAUAAACACCUUGAUAAUUUUUAAUUCGGUUAGGUUUUGACUUGUUUUAGCCGAAUCUGUUAUUGUAACUUUUAAGAAAUGCUUAUUUUCCUUCAACUGAUUUCAAUAUCUCAAAGCAUUUGUAAUGGAAAUUAUACUUAACCUGUUCAUUUCCAUGUUUUCACAAACAUUUACACCACUGCACUGCUGUUUCUUUUAAUUGUAAAUUUGUUUACAAAUAAAGCUUUUGUACUUAA